AAGAAAACGAAGAGAAAAACCAGAAAGAAAAUUACAGCAGGAUUCUUUUUAGCAUAGAGAGAGGAAGAGGAGAAAUGUCGGAGUUGGAGGAGUCGUUGACGCUUGAAAACAAUACGUCAAGCCCUUCUCCUCCGUCACCAUCAAAAGACUCAAAAUCAAAUGAAGAAUCGAAAGAUGGUAAUUCAACGCCACCGUCGAAUUGGAGCCCUUCACCGCCGAGUGCUGGUGAUGAUGUUUCUAAUAAAAAAGCAUCUUCAUCAUCUUCAAACAACGAGUCGUUUGACCAAUCACCACCUUCGCCACCGCCGAAAAAGAGUUCACCCCCUACGUCGUCACCAUCGCCGGAGACACCUCCUAAUCCUUCUAAUAAGCAAUCACCUCCUUCACCAUCACCACCACCAUCAUCAUCAUCACCACCACCUUCACCUCCUCCUCCUCCUUCUCCUCCUCCUCCUCAGGAACAAUCUCCACCACCUUCAUCUCCUACCCUUUCGAAGAAACAAUCACCUCUUUCACCGUCACCAUCACCGCCACCUCCUAAGAAACAAUCAUCACCACCUUCAUCACCUCCUCCUCCUAAGCAAAAAUCAUCACCACCUUCAGAUAGCUUUUCUAGGAACUCACCACAAUCUCCGUCGGGAAAAUCACCCCUUCCUCCCCCACCUCUUCUGACAACUAGUCCACCACAACCACCAUCUUCCGAAACUUCAAAAUCACUAUAUCCUUCACCUGCAUUUUCAUCCCAAGCACCAAAUGUUGCCACUAAAACAUUGUCGGAACUUUCUCCUCACGCGUCAGCUAUUCGUCCACCAAGCCCACCGCAAAGCUCCUCUAAUGAUCAAAAAGGACUUUCUAUUCCGAAAAACGCUAAAUAUGAUGUUAUGAUUGAUGCGACGGUGGUAGGGGCUUUUUUCAUCGUAGCAUUCAUUGCCUUGUUUUUCUUUGUGAGGAAAAAAGGGAAAAAGAAAGAAGCCUCCACGCCGCCACCUACUAAUAUUGAAGUGAAAUCAGAUGCGGCCUGCUAUAAUCCUCAACUUGAUGGCCUGGAUUCAACUUUGGUGAACGGUUCGGAGACUCAAAGAUUGAAUAAUUACCACGGUCCAGAAUCGGGUAUCAUAGCCGGUUCCAAGACAUUCUUCACGUACGAAGAGUUGAUGGAAAUGACCGACGGGUUCGCUCGUGACAACAUUGUUGGUGAGGGCGGGUUCGGGUGCGUGUACAAGGGUCGUAUGCCCGACGGGAGGUUUGUGGCCGUUAAGCGAUUGAAGGUAGGUAAUGGGCAAGGCGAACGAGAGUUCAAGGCCGAAGUUGAGAUCAUAAGCCGUAUUCAUCAUAGGCAUUUGGUCUCUUUGGUUGGAUACUGCAUAUCUGAGAAUCAAAGGCUGCUAAUAUAUGAUUUCGUGAGAAAUAAAACCCUUGAACAUCAUUUGCAUGGUAAAGGAAUGCCAGUGCUUGAAUGGGCCCAAAGAAUGAAGAUUGCAAUAGGAGCAGCCAAGGGUUUGGCAUACUUACAUGAGGAUUGUCAUCCAAGAAUUAUCCAUAGGGACAUUAAGUCAGCAAACAUUCUAUUGGAAGACGAUUUUGAAGCACAGGUGGCAGACUUUGGACUUGCCAGACUUAAUGAUUCUAGUCAAUCCCAUGUUUCAACUCGUGUGAUGGGAACAUUCGGGUAUUUGGCACCAGAGUAUGCAUCAAGUGGGAAGUUGACGGAUAGAUCUGAUGUUUUCUCAUUUGGAGUUGUGCUUUUAGAACUUAUAACGGGUCGACAACCUGUUGAUCCGACUCAGCCUCUGGGUGAUGAAAGUUUGGUCGAAUGGGCACGACCUCUCCUCAUUCAAGCCCUUGAAACUAGUGAUUUUAGUGAAAUAAUUGAUGCAAGGCUUGAAAAGCGUUACGUAGAGAGUGAGGUAUUAAUGAUGAUCGAGGCAGCCGCCGCUUGUGUGCGGCGUUCCGCCACAAAACGGCCUCGCAUGGCGUUGGUGGUAAGAGCAUUGGACUUUGAUGGAUCUGAUCUAACAAAUGGAGUAAAAGUCGGUCAGAGCACUGUUUAUGAUUCCGCUAAGUAUAGUGAAGAAAUUUUGAACUUCAGGAGGAUGGCACUUGGUAGUGACAACAGCUCGGAAUCGGACGUUUACAGUGACGAGUUCACUUCAAGAGAAAUAUCACGUGGACAACCUUCAUGGAGGUCCGAAUGUAGUUCAAGCGAAUUUACGAGCGACGAAUCAGAGCUUCAACCUAUUAAAAAAAAUGGUAGUGGAUAUAGUGACAAUGGCGCAUCGGGGAACUACAGCGGCAGUCGCUUCAAAUGA